AAAAAAAAAAAUCGAAAACGACGAAGCUCUAGGCGGCAUCUCAACUCAAAGGAGGCCGGCGCCAAACCACCCACUCCGGCUUCCACUCGUCAGAUCUCCUCAAUUUUGAAAUGCAAGCCUUCCAGAUCUGAGCCCAUACGCCGACGAUGAGUGGCGCCAGGCUCUGCGCGCUGUUGGGAGAAUUGGGCUACGAAGGAGCUGAAGCUCUCGACCCAGACAGCUUCGAAUGGCCUUUCCAGUACGAAGAUGCUCGACCCAUUCUCGAUUGGAUCUGCUCCAGCCUUCGCUCCUCCAAUGUUCUCUCCCUCUCCGAGGUUUCUCAGUAUGAGCAAUUUCUAGAAGAAGGGAAGCUAUUGGAGGGGGAGGACUUGGAUUUUGCUUAUGAUAGCAUUUCAGCCUUUUCAACCAGAAGAGACAACCAAGAAGCAGUUUUUGGGGCUGAAGAAGGGUUAAAAGAUAUAAGGGAUGCAACUCAAGCUUAUAAAGCUGAAGCUUUGGAGUUGCAGCGACAGCUUAGGCAUCUGCAGUCUCAAUUUGAUAUGCUCACUGGUCAGGCUUCAGCUUUGAUCCAGGGAAGGAGAGCACGAGUUGCUGCAACAUCUACUGUCAAUGGACAACUUACUAUGAUAGAUGAUAGCCUUUCAGCAAGGAAUUUACAGAUGAAUGCAGUUCUUGGAAGAAUUGCUUCUACAGCACAAGAGUUGGCUCAUUAUCAUUCAGGGGAUGAGGAUGCCAUCUACUUGGCGUACUCUGAGUUCCAUUCAUACUUGCUUGGGGAUUCAGCUUGUAUAAAGGAGCUAAACCAGUGGUUUGUUAAGCAAUUGGACACGGGUCCUUUUAGAUUAGUUGCUGAAGAGGGCAAAGCCAAAUGUUCGUGGGUGAGCCUUGAUGAUAUCUCAAAUAUCUUAGUACGAGCAGAUUUAGAGAAAUCCCAUCAUCAACGUGUAUCUGAAUUGCAGCGGCUUCGCUCUAUAUUUGGAACUAGUGAAAGACAGUGGGUAGAAGCCCAAGUGGAGAACGCUAAGCAGCAAGCCAUUCUCAUGACACUUAAAUCUCAAGUAACAUCAGAUGAAGCUCAUAUUCAUCUUGACCUUCAUUCUCUUAGGAGAAAGCAUUCCGAAUUGGUGGGAGAAUUAUCAAAUCUUUAUCACAAAGAGGAGAAAUUGUUAUCAGAGACUAUUCCCAGCCUUUGUUGGGAGCUGGCUCAGCUUCAAGACACGUAUAUUUUGCAAGGUGAUUAUGAUUUAAAGGUCAUGCGACAAGAGUACUAUAUUAAUCGACAGAAGACGUUCAUAAAUCAUCUGAUUAACCAGCUUGCAAGGCAUCAAUUUCUAAAGAUAGCUUGUCAGCUGGAAAAGAAGACCAUGCUUGGAGCAUAUUCAUUGCUUAAAGUUAUUGAGUUAGAGCUGCAAGGUUACCUCUCUGCAACCAAAGGCCGUGUGGGCCGUUGCCUAGCACUGAUUCAAUCUGCAUCAGAUGUACAAGAACAAGGCGCGGUGGAUGAUCGGGAUACUUUUCUACAUGGUGUUAGAGACCUUUUAAGCAUUCAUUCAAAUGCUCAAGCUGGAUUAUCAACAUAUGUAUCAGCCCCAGGAAUUGUUCAGCAGAUAUCUGGCCUUCAUUCAGACUUAAUGACCCUUCAGUCUGACCUGGAAAAUUCCCUUCCAGAGGACAGAAAUAGAUGUAUCAAUGAACUGUGCACUCUUAUCCAAAGUUUACAGCAACUGCUAUUCGCAUCAUCAACAACUGCACAACCAAUACUGACAGCUCGGCCACUAAUGAAAGAGUUAGAUGAAAUGGAAAAGGUCAAUGCAAAACUCUCUGCUGCAGUUGAAGAAGUGACACUCGAGCAUUGUAAUUUGGAACAGAUUGUAAAACAUCAUUCACAGGAAGUGGGGCUUCAGAGGCGGGUUUUUGUUGAUUUCUUCUGCAAUCCUGAACGUCUGAGGAACCAAGUUAGAGAAUUGACUGCCAGAGUAAGAGCUAUGCAAGUUUCAUAGUUAAAUCAUACCUAUACUGACAAAACAUGUAUUUAGAACUCUUGGAGACACAAUUGUAAGAUUUAUGUUGAAUACCAGUUUGUUGUCAAAUGGAUGCUAAAGUUUGAUUCAAUGCAAAUGGUCUGUUUGUAUGAGCGUCUGGCUCUCUCUUC